GUCACGUGGGCGUGACGAAAUGCGUUAGAACUCCUCCCUAUUGUUUCCACCUGGAAUACCUGCUAUAUGAAAGACCUCUGGUGAGGUUACCCAGAGGUCUGAACAACUCCGUUAGCGCCGUCCGGUGCUUAUGAGACGUGGCCGGCCGGCCCCUGCUACCGCAUACCGGUCACUACAUUGGAACUGACCCAACAAGCCAUAUAUGAGGUGACACAGCCCCGGCUCGGCUCCCCAUCGCUGCAGGACGAGUUUCCGGUGAGAGUACUACGAGGGGAUCACCUCAGCCAGCGCAGUCUGGCACCAGCUAUCUACACGUUUGGCCAACUUCCAACUAAGGGUCAGUGGUCCUCUUUACUGACAAACAAUCCAGCAGUCGUAUGAGGUCAAACUCAGCAAUGAAAAAUAUUGAUAAUUACCAUUGGUGGCUAAAGAAUCACAAUUCGAACUCCAAUUUAAGGAGAGAUCAGAAAGAACAGGACAUCAUUAAUGUCCGACAGACCAGCCGGCCAGACAGGCCUCAGACAACUCAGGAUGAUGCUGGGAUUGCAGGUUCUGCUUCUGUAAGCCGACCUCCUGUAAGGCGCCCAUCACAGGGCUCGGGGCACUUACCCAGGAGGCCAAGUAAGACACGGCGUCUUGGCACGGAAUCUGCGGCUCCAUCUUCCCCACCCAGGCGGCGCAUUUCUGCAGUGUCACCCCAGCCACCACUGGCACUAUUGGCGAGUCCACAGAGUGAUGAGCCCCGAUCACCUCAGUUAUCUGAGCCCAGCUUGAUGGCCGGCGUGGACCAGCAGGGACAAGACCAACAGGCAACCUUCACACUGCAACUAACACCUGUUGACCCGAGCCAGCCAAUACAGCUGCAGGAUAUCCCCCAAGCCUCCAUGAGUCCACAACUGGCACAAGCUCCACCCCAGCCACAAAUACCAGAUGACUUUUGGGCCAGUUGGACAAGCCAACAGGCACAAAGCAAUGCCAGCCUGACCGCACAUACCCAACACCUUGCCAGUCUGCCCCAUCAUCUACCGCGCAUUAGUCGCAACUCGGGCAGACUGAUUGUCCAAGUAGGCCGAAUCGCAACAUCGAUGGAGCAAAUACGGGCAGACAACAACCAAAUGCUGGCUCAUUUAACGCGCAUCAUUGAUGAGCAACAGCGCCAUCAGCAGGCACUCGUACAACUCAUUCAGCACAACCAGGUUGUGAAUGAGUCUUUAUCCCGGAUUGUAGCCAGCCACACUGCAACCAACACACAACUGAAUGCUAGCAUAAAUAAUUUGAGCAACAACAUAACAUUGAUGGCAGCUCAACAAGUGACCUCCAGCUCUGGAACCACGACCCCUAUCCAAACGCCAGUAACCUCCCCUGUUCGGCGUUCCUCCCGAGCACGUGCCAGUGAACCAGCACAAAGCACAGCACCCAGCACACACAAGCGGAAAAAAUAAGACUUUUGACAAAUUUGAUUUACGCAAUAAAAAUUUUGAUUUG